UGCGUUGUAUGUAAUCAUAUGAACGACACAUGUAUUGCAUUUGUUUACAGCAUUUGUUUGUAUUGAGGGAUAUCUGAAUCAAAUUACUAAACAGACAAUUAUUGUGACAUCGGGUCUGUCAGAGGACAUGUCAGCUGUAAAAGAAUUGGCCAUUCGUUCCAAUUAUCACUUGAAAUAUAAAAUACAAAAAUGGUUUCCAAGACAUAUGAACAAAGGAUUUCGUGAUGUGAUGAAGACUAUACGUAAAGUCGAUUGUAUUGUUGAAGUACACGACGCAAGAAUACCAUUCAGUGGUCGUAAUCUUGAGUUCAUCCGAAGUUUGACUUCAAUCAAACCUCAUGUCCUUAUUUUGACUAAAGUAGACCUCAUGGACAUGAUUUACAAGAGACGAGUCAAAGACAAACUGGAAUAUGAAGGCAACAGUAAAUGUCUUUUCAUUGACUCUAUGAACGCAAGCAAAGAACUUUCGGGAUUCAGUCAAAUACUUCCGACAGUUGUUGAAAUAAUUUCAAAUUCAAAUCGUUUCAAUAGAGAGGACGCAACUGAUAUCAAUUUAAUGAUAAUCGGUAUCCCAAAUGUUGGCAAAUCAACAUUAAUUAACCGAAUGAGACACACAUAUCUUGGAGUGGGUGGUCGGGCAACUGUGACCGGUGCCACUGCUGGUGUAACCAGAAGUGUAUUAGAAAGGAUUAAAAUAAAUGCCAUUCCUCCGGUUUAUUUGUUUGAUACGCCCGGAGUUCUUGAUCCCAAAGUGGACAAAGAUAUUGAAACAAUAAUGAGAUGUGCUCUCUGUGCCACACUUAAUGAUAAUGUGAUUGGUAUUGAAAAUAUUGCCGAUUAUUUGCUUUAUUGGAUGAAUCGACACAAAAAUUAUAAUUAUGUUAAUCACUUGGGAUUAGACACUCCUUCUGAUGAUAUCCGAGAGGUUCUCAUUAAAGGAUCAGUUUAUUUAAAAAACUUAUAUGAGAUCCGUUGUCCUCAAACAGGACAACUUGAAAUGCGACCACAAUUAUCAAACACAGCAAAUGUUUUUGUGACAGCAUUUAGGAAAGGAUUAUUAGGUCGCGUACUAUUAGAUGACGAUAUCUUAUAAAUAUUUAAUUAAAGUUU